AUAUGCAACUGGGGGGUUCGGUACCUCAAAAAAGGUUAAGAACCACUGUCUUAGACGAAGGAGUAUUUCAGAAAAUUGAGAGAAAAUAGUGUAAUAAUCCCAAAUAAUGUGAUAAAUAAAGUAUUUUUUUUUUUAGCUAUUAUCACCUGUAAUGCAAAAAACUCAGGUUGGGUUUUUUUUUUAUAAUGACGUCUUUUUUUAAGUACUGUGAAAGAGUUUUGAAUCAUACCUAAUGUUGUUUUCCAUCAAAAAAAGAAAAUUAUCUCAAAUUUGUACCAUAAAUUUAGAAGACUUUAAAGAUUUUUAAAUAUGUUUAUCUUCUUUUAUCAUACCAUGUUUGACAGAUCAAUGUACUCAUCUAUAAAAACUGUAUCUAUAAAAAUAGAAAAAUAACUUCACUACUAUUCCCGUGAGUGGAUGAAUGGCAAAGAUCUUAUCAAAAUGUUUUUGGUCAAAUUUCUAAACAGAGGCGCUUUCUUCGCUCCUGUAGUAUCUUCUAAUUCCAGCAGGUGUCAGUAAAACGCCUUCACUCAGCUGAGGUCAAGUCAAACUGCGUUAAAUCAAGUUAAAUUAACUUUAAGACAAAUAAUAAACCAGAGUGAUUGUGUUUCUGGGUGUGAUUUUGCUCUUAAAAUACCCAGAAUCCAUUUUUUUCUACUGCUGAGAAAGACGUGUGACAGGCGCCGCUUGUGCGCAUGCGUGAGCCAAUAUCCUGGGUUUGCUCCUCUUGACAUUUAUCGUCCUGGAAGGUAAGAAGACCACUGCGUCUGUUUUACGUUUAGUGGGAUUUUCAGUUGUUGGGGACUUGGCAAACAACUACGGAGGCCGGGAUGACUUCGUAAUAAAAGGUGCCUUCAGUCUUCAUGCAUCGUGUCUUUGUUUACGGCUCCCUAAAGAGGGGCCAACCCAAUUAYCCCUACAUGACAGACAGCAAUAAUGGAAARGCCGAGUUCCUCGGUACGGCUGUCACYRUCCAGAAGUAUCCACUGGUGAUCGCUACCAAGUAUAACCUUGUCUUUCUCCUUAACCUUCCUGGACAAGGCAAGAGAGUUCAUGGGGAAAUCUACAAAGUGGACGAAAAGAUGCUGAAAUACUUGGACUGGUUYGAGAAGGUUCCCACCAUGUACCAGCGGACAGCAGUGGAGCUGGAAGUCAAGAYGGUAGACAAGAUGGCGGACAGAGAGGAGAAGUUGUCGCCUGGAAGCAUCAUGGAGGCGUUUGUGUACAGUACCACCACCUACGAGCCGGACUGGCCAUCACUGCCCACCUACGACAACUAUGACUGCAACGGAGACCACGGACUAAAGUUUGUACUGAGGGAAGAUCGGAAAUAGUGAUGCAGAUGAGUAAACUGCCUUUMGUGCAGGGGUGCCCAAAGUUGGUCCUCGAGGGCCGGCAUCCUGCAUGUUUUAGUUCUCUCCCUGGUUUAACGUACCUGGAUCAAAUGAUGGCUCGUUAGAAGGCUUAAGAGGCACAUUGACAAGCUGGAAAGGUUGUUACCACCAGGGAGAGAACUAAAACAUGCAGGAUGCCGGCCCUCGAGGACAGACUUUGGACACCUCUGGUUUAGUGCCUUUAAACCCACAGAGGGCGUCAAGAGUUCUAGCAAAUGAGUAACGAGUCACUAACUGAUUAAGUUUAAAACCAGAUUAGGAAAUUCACUUGUUAAAAUACACUCAAAGUCUURCAUUUUUAUCCAAAAAUGUUUGUUUUUUUAUGCUUUGUCUUUUAAUGAACAACUUUGUGGAAGACAAUCAGCUGUUGGUAAUAUUUAAAA